GUCUCUCUUGUCUCUUGUCUCUGUCUCUGCGCCCAUUGUCUCUGUCAACGUUUCUUCACUCUUGGCAGUCUGCAGAAUAAAUGGCAAAAGCCCAGCGAGUCCCUGCCUGUCCGGGGCGGUCCCUCUUCCGAGCUACGCGCUAAAGUCUUCAAUCUACCGUAGCUGAAGACAGAGAGAGAGCUCACACGCAAAAGCUCAAAUCUUUCGAGUGCCCUCCAUCUUUUUACCUGUCGUUUUCAGACGUCGCUCACUGCUUGCUUUGCUUGCUCCCGAGAGAGAGCAUUGCUGUAUAGCCACGUGGGUGGUGGUGCCUUCGGCCUUUUCUUUCACCGAGGCAGGGAGCCGGAGAUGAUACGGUGCUCCUCCUCCUCUCGGGAUUGUGAACGUUGGGAAUGAGCAGAGAAGAAGUAGAUAAACGCGCGCUCUCUCUCUCACUUGUUUUCUCGGGGUAACGUUAGAGAUGGAUUCCGCUCAACAGUCUGCAGUUACUCCAUCAAAGAAUAAGUUUGUCCAAGCUUUCGCUAAGUUUCUCCACCUUCGAGCCACUACUGGGGUUGCCCCUCUUGAUAAUUUUGUUCGGAAAAUCAAGCCCCAAGAUAAAGUAACAAAUGGUUUGCUAGAGGAAGACCGAAAUUGGGAUAUUCAGCCUCAGUUUGAUAUUAAAGAAAAGGGUUCUCAGCAAUGGGAUGCCUUGGAGGUGCUUCUUGCUGAAUUAUUUGCCAGCAUUUCGUCAUUAAAAGCGGCAUAUGCCCACUUACAGUUUUCUCAGCGUCCCUAUGAUGGCGAUGGGAUUCAAGUGGCUGACCAGAUCAUUGUAUCUGAGCUGAAGAAUUUGGCUGACUUGAAGCAAUCCUAUGUGGAUGAGCAGCUUGACCUUUCGCUCGAGAUUUCUUUGCUGGCCGAAAUCAAAGAGCAGAAGAGUAUGGUAAAAACGUACGAAAUUAUGGUGAAGAAGCUGGAACGUCAGAUUAAGCUCAAGGAAUCUGAGAUUGCAUUUCUCAGGGAGAAUUUGGAGGAAUCAAGCUGGCAGAACAGGUUGCUCAACAAGAGCACAGAGCGAAGUUGGUCAUUCUCUGUUCCCAAGAAUAUACACUUAUCAUGCUUGAACCAUAUCCAUUUUGAUGCAUUUCUUAAGUACACUAUUGAGUCCUUGCGGAGAUUUGUUAGAUCAAUGGUUGACGAGAUGAAAUCCGCUUGCUGGGAUCUCGAGGCAGCAGCUAUUGCAAUAGAACCCGGGGUGAUUUAUCAGAAAGAAGACCACAAAUGUUUUGCAUUUGAAUCCCAUGUUUGUCGGGAAAUGUUUGAUGGGUUCCAAUACCCAGACUUUUCCCUGCCAAAAGAGUCCUUACCGCAGGAAAGUCAAAGGCGGCAACAGCUAUUUUUCGACAGAUUUGUGGAACUCAUGUCUAGCGAGCCAAGGGAUUCCCUUCGUGAGAAUCCUGAAUCAGCAUUUGCCAAGUUUUGUCGGGUGAAGUAUAUGCGGCUCAUUCACCCUCAAAUGGAACUGGCUUUCUGUGGCAACUUAAGCCUCAGAAAUCAGCUCAAUGCCGGGGACUUUCCCGAUACCACAUUCUUUGCUAUUUUCUUGGAAAUGGCGAAGCGGAUCUGGCUCCUGCAUUGCUUGGGAUUCUCGCUCGAAAAUCAUGCCUCCAUUUUUCAAGUGAGCAGAGGGUGUAGGUUUAGUGAAGUAUUUAUGGAGACUGUGGCCAAGGAGGAGUUGCAAGCAGCAGACAAUAUGCUGGAAGAAUAUGACCAGCAGGUGGCCUUUACUGUUGUUCCUGGGUUCAGAAUUGCUGGAACAGUUUUACACUGUCAGGUCUAUCUAAUGACUUCUAAACCAGUAUGAGCCGCGGUUAUGCCAUUAUGCUUUUAGGAUUUAAUUGUAUUUUUUAGUGGAAGCCACAGUCUUGAUCAGCCUAAGCGGAUCAUGGGAAGAAAGGAAAACCGCAUGCCGGGUUGCUAAAUGUGCCGUGGGGACAUCAACAUGGCUACACUUCUCUUUGUUUUACUUUUCAUUUUCCUGAGAUAUAAUUGUGCCUCAUCAUAGGUACUUUUGAAGAAUGAAAAUGCGAAGAUCGGUUGUGUUGAGAGCCCACAGUGAAUUUAUUGACAGUUUGUUUAAAGACAUUCCCAAGAUCCUGUAAUGUUAGGAGGAUAGGGAAGGAGUCCUUCAGCUGUCUUCAUCUUCACUGCCUUGUAUGAUGUAUAUUUGGAUGAAAUGCGUUCUAGUUGGAACUUA